UGCCCAGAAUAUUGGGAACAGAAGAAGAGUAAGCACAUACAAGUUUCUACGAUCCUGAAGAAUGUCUACCCCCACUUGUGUGAUCAUUUUCUACCACAAGAUUUUGCCUACCUAUCGCCAGUAUUGCUGGAUCUGUUGUGUGUAUCGUUGACUAUAGUGCGUCCCGAUUUUCUUACUAACAUUUUGCUAACUGUUGCAUCAAGUAUUACACAGCAAUAUCACGAAAGAAUCAUGAAUUAUACGCGUAAUCUUAUGAAAAAAAAAAUGGCAGACAAUAAAGCAAUUAAUGGUACACCUCAGCUGGAAGUAAUUAAUCGUGUAAAAAGCAUUCCUGUUGUUCAUUCGGCGAUAGAGAAAACUGGAUCUACAUAUUCUUACUUGAAAGAUUCGCAUCAUUUAAUAAAUUGGGCACUGACACAAGCUGAAGCUGGACUUAAUUAUGCAACUGCAACGGCUGCUCCUCUUACUGUACCCUUGGCAAAAAAAUUUGAAGGACACAUUACUGCUGUUGACCAAAAAUUGUGCGAAGGUCUGAACGUGGUCGAGCAGAAAGUACCGAUCGUGAAACAACCACCUCAGCAAAUUUACGAUGCUGCCAAAGCUGUAAUGAGUAGUUCCUUGCAACCAACAAUCGACAAAUUGCACGCUGCAAAAGAGUCAGCGGCUCAACAUGCAUAUACAUUCAAAGAAAUUAGUAUAAACAAAGCUAAUGAGUUAUUGAAUAAUUCAUAUGGUACUAUGGCAGUGCAAGGUGUUGAUAAUACGAGCGUUCUCAUUAACGGAUUAUUAGAUCGUUAUUUCCCUCCAGUUGAAGGAGAAGAAAACACACCUGCUCCUAUAUCUGCUGAUGAGAACAAAGUUCUGCAUACAGUACAAACUAUUGGUCAAUUAUCCUCGAAAACUGCCAAUCGAGUAUAUCAUUCGGUUGUAGCACAAUUAAAAACAGUGAAGAAAGAAGAUGUAGCGUCAUAUAUGUCGAGCGUAAUAUCUAUUCUUCAUCUAACGCAUUUUUUAAGCUUAACUGAUAAAGAAGAUGAAAGUAACAGAGCAAAUGAAAAAAAUAAGGAAAAGAAAUAGGCACGAUUGUUACUAACAAUUGUACAAUAACACAAUCGCUAGAUAAAUAAUUAGAUUCACAUCAGGCCCAUGUUUGUUAGUAAAAUUUCUAUAUUGUUCCUGCUCGGAAUGCUUAUUCAUCAUGUAGAAUAAGGAUAAAUCCGUGAACUUUAUGUAAGUUAUGUCUAAUAAAUGAAAGCAUUAGUUUCAAGUAUGUGAUAAGUUCAUUCAUCGAUGUAAAUGUAAUGUAAAUUUAUAUUGUUUGUUCUGUAAAUUCGAUGAAUUACUGAAAUUCCCCAAGAAUGUCGUAAAAAAUUGUAUGCUUAAGAAAGUAUAUCUAAUUUAAUUCGGUAAUGAUAUUAAAUUGCAAAAGUAACUGCACAUGUAAUUUAUCGAUGUUGUAAGAAAAAAAAAUAGUAAAUUUUCAAUUGGGGAGUUUUCGAAUUUGUUGAUGUGAUUUUAUGAAGAUUUAAUGUAAGAAAUUGUAAAGUAAAAUUCUAGUACUUUAAGAUACAUGUUUAAUUUUGUAUACAACUAAACAUGUAAAUAGGAAGAAAGGCACUUUAAAUUUAUUAUAUUUUUGUAACAAGAAAUUUGAAAAAUUGCGAUAUUUAAGUUCAUUAUAUAAUUGUGCCUCGAAUUAUACAACUAUAAAUCGAUAAUUUUAAUAUAGAAUUCCUUAUUUGCUGUUACUUUUAUGGAGUUGUUAUACAUGAUAUACUCUCUAUUU